AUGCGUAAAAAUGCUAAUUACUUAGUACUUUUUAAUUCUGGUAGUUUAUAUAAAGAUGUUUCUAAAAUUAUUCAUAGAUAUACAGAUGAUAUAAAAAAUGCAUCAAUGGUUAUUAAUAGCUACUUACGCAAAGGCAAAUUUAUUGUAUUUGAUCUAGAUAGGCCUGAGGAUGAUCCACUUGCAAUUUGGCUAAG